UACCUCCGCGGUGUUUUUCCUCCCCAGAGGUUGUUUACCCCACACCCCCCCACACCUUGUGUUAACUUUUUUUGGCGAUAAGGUUCUCAGCCAUUCCCCGUUGGCGGCCCUCCAGCACAUCGACAGCGCACGCUUCUCUCCCCGGCUAUUUUUGCCCAUUUUAUCUGCCACCCCUCCCCACUGUGCUUUCUCUAUCUGCCGUGCGCUAACCUCGAGUGAAGAGACUGGUACAGGCAAUGCUACAUCUGAUGCUAAUGGGCCUACCUGGAAAAGAAAAUACAUUCAGCAGAGAUUCUUCUUCAUUGCCUCAUCCUAUGGAGGAAUCACCACUGCCCAUCUACAUUGAGGAGGGGACAGAAGUCCCGAUUGCCAAAAAGGAGUUGAUUGCUCUUGGCAUCAGCCAAAUCUGGACUCAGAAGACCACAGAAAGCAGAAAUAUGGCAACAAAGGAAAAGCUUCAGUGCUUGAAAGAUUUCCACAAGGACAUCCUCAAACCUUCCCCUGGCAAGAGCCCGGGGACACGGCCUGAGGAUGAGGCUGAGGGAAAGCCACCCCAGCGGGAGAAGUGGGCGAGCAAGAUCGACUUCCUGCUGUCCGUGGCAGGGGGAUUCAUCGGUUUAGGCAACGUCUGGCGGUUCCCGUAUCUCUGCUACAAAAACGGCGGAGGUGCAUUUCUUAUACCUUAUUUCAUUUUCCUGUUUGGGGGAGGUCUUCCCGUGUUUUUCCUGGAGGUGGUGCUAGGACAGUAUACCUCCGAAGGUGGAAUUACAUGCUGGGAAAAGAUCUGCCCUAUUUUCACUGGAAUUGGUUAUGCUUCCAUAGUGAUUGUGUCCCUUUUGAAUGUGUACUACAUCGUGAUCCUGGCCUGGGGACUCUACUACCUGUUCCAGUCGUUCCAGAGUGUCCUGCCAUGGGCACACUGCCACCAGAAGUGGAACACGCCGACCUGUGUGGAAGACACUCUCAGGAAGAACAAAACACUCUGGAUAUCACUGAAUGCCACUAACUUCACCUCUCCUGUCACAGAGUUUUGGGAGCGCAAUGUGCUGAGCUUGUCCUCGGGCAUUGAAGAUAUUGGUAUUAUCAAGUGGGAUCUAGCACUGUGUCUCCUCCUCGUCUGGGUGAUAUGUUUCUUCUGCAUUUGGAAAGGAGUCAAAUCCACUGGGAAGGUAGUGUACAUCACUGCCACGUUCCCAUUCAUCAUGCUCCUUGUUCUACUCAUCCGUGGCGUGACCCUGCCUGGAGCUGCAGAAGGCAUCAAGUUUUAUCUUUACCCUGAUAUCUCACGGUUAGCUGACCCACAGGUCUGGAUAGAUGCAGGGACACAAAUCUUCUUCUCAUAUGCAAUCUGCUUAGGAGCAAUGACUUCCCUGGGGAGCUACAACAAGUACAAAUACAACUGCUAUAGGGACUGUUUGCUGCUGGGAUGCCUGAACAGUGGUACCAGUUUUGUGUCUGGCUUCGCAAUUUUUUCCGUCCUGGGCUUCAUGGCACAAGAGCAAGGGGUGAACAUUGCUGAUGUGGCAGAGUCAGGUCCAGGCCUGGCCUUCAUUGCCUACCCAAAAGCUGUGUCCAUGAUGCCACUGCCCACCUUUUGGGCAAUCCUUUUUUUUAUUAUGCUUCUGUUGCUUGGACUGGAUAGCCAGUUUGUUGAAGUUGAAGGACAGAUCACGUCAUUAGUUGAUCUGCACCCAUCCUUCCUAAGGAAGGGUUACCGACGGGAAAUCUUCAUCGCUAUAGUGUGUUUCCUUAGCUAUCUUCUGGGACUAACUAUGGUGACUGAGGGUGGCAUGUAUGUUUUUCAACUCUUUGACUACUAUGCAGCUAGUGGUGUAUGCCUUUUGUGGGUUGCAUUCUUUGAAUGUAUUGCUGUAGCCUGGGUUUAUGGCGCUGAUAAUAUUUAUGAUGCCAUUGAGGAUAUGAUUGGAUACAGACCUGGUCCCUGGAUGAAGUGGAGCUGGAUUGUGAUCACACCAGUUCUCUGCGUGGGGUGCUUUAUCUUUUCUUUGGCCAAGUAUAAACCACUGACCUACAACAAGGUCUACACAUACCCAGACUGGGCAAUUGGCCUGGGCUGGGUUCUUGCCCUUUCCUCCAUGAUCUGCAUCCCUAUGGUGAUGGUCAUCCGCAUCAUUCGGUCAGAUGGGUCACUCAUUGAGAGGAUAAAGGCAGUGGCUGCCCCCAAGGAGGUGAAUCGGUGGUCCAAAGAAACGGAGAGUGGCACCCCCUUCUGCCCCAAUGGAACUUCGAAUGGCGGAUUGAUCAAGCCAACUCAUAUCAUUGUGGAAACCAUGAUGUGAGCUCUCUCUGUGAGAGGAUAAACCUGCUUUAACUGCCGUUUACUAACCAUAGAUUCUCAUAGGACCAGGUUUACAGAGCUUUAUAUUUGCACUAGGAUUUAUUUUUAUUUCUCACAGAGAAAGUUAUUUUUUGUGUGUGUUUUUUUUUUUUUUUAAUAUUUUGUAAGGUAAUCACAGCAGACGUCUCUCUGUAGAGGGAGAGCUUUCAUAUCAGACUAGACAUAUUACAAGGAUUUACUAUUAUUGGGUUUUUUUAAAUAUAUAUAUCUUUAUCUCUAAAUAUUAUACACUUUACCACUUGAAUUGAUUGUCUUACCAGCAAUACAUUCAAGUCUCAGAAAGCAAUUUUAGGUGCUGGUAUGGUUGGGAGCAGGGUAACCUACAGAACACACAAAAGGAGCUCUGUUGAGAGAUACAUUUUUUUUAAAAAUGCUGUUUCAAGAGAAUUUUCAAAGGUGUAGUAUUUCCACCCUCUGGUUCAACUGUGGUAAACGACAGGUGUCAGGGUCACUUUAGGGAGUGGGUAGAGCUUUGUUUAGUGCAGUCCCUGGAUAAGGAUAUAGGCAAAUAGCUGGAGUGGAGAGUUUGCAAGGGAUGCAGAGAAGCUGGGUGUGAACAGUCUUGUGGCUGUACCUCCCAGGGACAGCAAUGGGACCCUGUCACACUGACUGAGGAGAAUGUGAGGAAGGCAUAUGCAGGAUUUGGCAUGGUUCAGUCUUUUUUUGUUGUUUUUAAAAUUUUUGAGAUUUUUUUUUUUUUAACUUAAAUGCCUGCUGUCUGUGUGUGAGCACGGAGGUUGAGUACCUGCUCCUGAGUUUUCCAGCAAACCGUAUUUUGGUGUGGUGGCACUGGUGUAAACUUGAAUUCUGCAAACUGGGAGGGCAGCCUGUCCCCAGGGGAGCAGGGAUGAGCACAGAGCAGCCAAGAGGGGAAAAGCAGCACCUGAUUUCUGGAUGCUUCAGGUGUUUGCUUCCUCAUCUGGACUUUGGUUUAGGCAGGAAAAUAAAGGAAUCACUUCUGGACUCUGACUGCCCAGAGGUGAACACAAACCAGUUCAUCCCUGACAGGAGGAACAAAACCUGGUGUAACAAAACGCACACCUGGUGUAACUGGUAUUGAUAACAGACAUGUUGCUAAUAAUAAUAGUAAUGAUGAUAAUAAUAUCACACAGCAAACAGGUGCUUUUCAUCCAUGUAUCUCAAAAAUGCUUUUCCAAGUUCAGUAACCAGGAUUUGCUUUAUUUAUUUAUUUUUUUGGGGAGAUCAUUGCUGUUGGGGGAACAGACAAAAGGACUAAGUGAGUUCCUUGUCCUAUGUUACUAAAUAGCAGUAAUGGACCUAGAGGCCCCAGUCUCCUUGCUCAUUAUUUGAUUAACCCAUUAUUUUAUUUUAUUUUACUUUAUUUUAUUCUAUUUUAUUUUAUUUUUAGGGGGGCUGGAGGGUGGCAAACAUAUUUAUGAUUCUUAUCUGCUGAAGAGACAGGGCGCUUUGGAAUUUAAAUUAAAGCAAAGGGAACACGCAAUACUGAAAUAUUUUGUGUUGGUCAGAAGGAAUUGGGUACCAUUCCAGGUGAGACUGGGAAGUGAAGAGAAAUCCCUACAAGAAAUAUAGAAAUGGGGGUUCCACUUCAUGUAGUGCAGGUGAAUGUUUCUGUGGGGAAUUGGAUCCCUGAAAACUUUCCAAAACAUGGACAAAAGCCUUUUUCUCAUUUUCCUCUUUUUUUUUUUUUUUCCUUUUAACUUGAGCAGGUUGUGCUGGGAACGGGUUCUCUGGCAAAACUCAGCCUUGUCAUGUGGGCAUUGUAUUAGAGGGAGAGAGGUUUUUUUCUUAUGAUACCACAGGUAGUCUAUCCAAAGGUAUUUAGAAGAAAUGCUUGAAAAAAGCAGAGUUUUUAUCUGCUUAUUCUGUUGUAAGCUUAGUCUGUCAAGGCAGAGGUUGUCACUUAUUUAAACAGGAACAUAAACAGUUCUUAACAUUCCUAUAUAGUAGCUUUAUUUCAUUUUUUCUUGCCCAUGUGCUAACUGGCCACAGCAGCACAAACAUUUCUUAACUUAUUGGUUUUCCUGUAAUGGGGAGUUUUAAAACUAAGAGAUGGACCAAACUAAUUCAUAAUUAUUAGAGAAAAACAUCGCUGCAUCCAUAACUUCCAAAUCCUUCUAGUUUGAAUUCAUAGAUACUUUUACAACAGAGAGCAGAGUUGCAGCCAAAAAACCUGCCAUGGUAGAAUUGUGUUUUCUUUUUUCUGGUUGCUGUAUUAUGAGAGUUCUGAAGGAAACUUUUGCGCAGCUGGAAAUGGUAAAUAUCAAAAUGACACCUGCUGGGCCAGUAGUAGAAACCACCCAAGGUUACAGGAGGAAUUCUGAGAGCCAGUCGGUUUCAUCCAAUGUGCCCAAAAAUAUGCAUACGGCAAAUUUAUUUUUUUUAACAAUCAAAGGCAAGGAAAUGUAACCAAAACCACUCUCUUAGCGGGCUUCAGCUUGGACUCUCGUUUUUGAGUUACAGUCAGUGUCUGCAGUAAACAGACACGGGUGAAGAGGAAGUAGAAGUUUAGGGGGGUCUAAAUUAAUGGUUUUUGUGAGUGCAGAUGAAACACUGAUGCUUGAUUUAUUUCUUUUAUAUAUAUAUAUAUAUAUAUAUAUAUAUAUAUAUAUAUAUAUACAUUGUCAUACAACUGUGUUUGAGAUUAUAUAGUUUGCACAUUACUUUUGUGCUAUAGAGCUGAGACAAGUUUAGUUAGGGAAAAAAAAUGGUUUGGCUACAUCAAAGAUGUCACCAGCAAGUCAGCUGGGUGUUUAGGCAUCUCCCAUGUUGUGGAGAGUGUCUUAGAGUCUUAGUGGGAAGAACCAGAGGGAUAAAUACUACACCUUUCAAAAUAAAACUACCAGAGAAUAGAACCCAGCCCCAUUUCAGUACAAACUGUGCCAUUCAAAUCAGUCGCUUCCAUGUUCCGAGUGAAAAGGUCUCGCACAUAUGCAACAACCUCAUUGAAGAUUCUCUGUGUCAGCUUCCCUGGCCCUGCUGUGCUCUUCAGCACAACUGCAAGGGAGGGCUGGGGCUCACCAAGAGCCAAGAAAUCAUUGCUUCUGGAAAACAGUUCCCCUCUCCUCUCCUCCCUCCCCCGACCAAAAAAAAAACCAAAAAAAAAAUGUACUUAAUUUUUCUUGUUUUAUCUGGGGUUUGAGCUCCAGUGAGCACAUUUGCAUUUUUACAGUUUGGGGUUUUUACCUAACAAUUUUAUCAGAUUUCUAAACUUUUCUUGGUGAUUAAUUUGCAUUUCAAUAUGAUCCUCUGCCAAAUUUAUUAAAACAUAAUUUUUAAAAAAAGUUUGUGUUUUCUACCUAUUUUGACUGCAAAGACAACUGAUUUUUUUUCCAAUAUUUACUUGUUCAAGUAAUACUCUUAUGAUGUAUUUUACCUGUUUUGUGUAAGUGAGGAACUCUGUGUUAAAGCAUCAUGACUAGUUAUAGAUGAACGGGUUUGGAUCUGGGAAAACAGUGCAGUUUUGGCAUGAGAUCUUUGGAACCAGAUCCCUGAGAUUUAAGCCAGCAUAAACCAAGAUAACACGCACACCUUUUCAUGUUUCAUGUACCCUUGUAUCCAUGGGGUCUUCUGGGCUUGAAAACAGCAGAGUUUCAGCAGUAUUUAUUUCCAGCUGAACUGAAAUCAAGAGAUAGUAGAAAUGUAAAGGGGAACAUAUCCCCAUGAAAUUUUUCUAAUCUGUUUCUUAUUUUUCUCAAUUUUCCAAACCUUUUCAGUUCACCUAUCACUAGUGAUGAUCUCUCUGAAUCAGUAUCUAUUCUAAGGGACUUUACCAGUAGUCUGUAUCUCAGUGUUUAAACAGUAUGAUUUCAUAAAUAGAACUGAUUUUUUAUUGUUGUUGUUGUUAUUAUUCUAUUUUUCCUUCUCAUCUAUAGUUUUCCUUUUCAUCUGGUCCAAACAGAUCCACACACUUAGAAAAGUCCUCUUUCAAGUUUGAGAUAGUAGGUCCACAAUGGAUUUGUUCUUGUGUAGUAAAUGAAAAUACAAAAGCCUGGCAGCCCUAUUUGCCAUCUAGAGCAGUGCUGGUGGCCACCCUGCAGCAGCAGCACAGCUCCUGGAAUUAGGGGUGGAGGGGAGUUAGGUAUGAUCUGCUGAAACAGCUCAGCAAAAUUGAUUUUCACUGCUGUUCUUGGGGAGAGGACGAAAUGAUAAAAAAGAAGGGGGGAAAAAAAUAGUGCAGCCUUACAGUUGCUGUAACACCAAGAAAACCUCAACAACAUCAGCAGAGCUUUUGUUGUCGCCACCAGGACAGCACCUCCUGCAGCUGUUCCCAACCCUGUGUUCAUCCUCCUUUCCCACCUGCAGAUGCUCCUGGUUCCUCUUCUUUCGCUCAGCAUUCAAGUAGAUCUGAAGGCACAUGGACAUCUCCAUUCAAUAGAUCUUUUCCAAGUCUCCUCCUGGUCUGUUUUUUAUUUGCUAAGGAGACUUUCUGUUUUGUUGAGGUUGUGCUUUCACAUUUGAGUUCAAAGCUCCCACUUGUUGCAUCACUGGCGAACUUCCAGCUGUGGGAGAAGGAUUUGAACACUUUUGAAUAACUGAUUAUUAGCUUCCAUGUCUUGUGGUCCCUGCAGGAUCACUCAUGGAGGCAUAAUGUAUAUAAAAUGUUAAAUAAGCUGUGCAUUGAAUGCAGUGGACAAGUUAGUUAAGCAGCUCAAGUACGCUUGGAAGAAAGAUGACCCUGACAUCAUUUCCAAGGAGAUUCAAUGGAAGUUGCUCACUUUCAGUAAAAAGAAUAAAAAUAAAUCUGUGUUUAAGUAGACUAGUAGAUGAAAUCUUCCACCCUCAUAUGCACGCACACAGUGGGGACAUUGCUUCUAUUCCUAGGCUGCAAAUCAUGUGUGUAAAGCUUGCCAAGCUGUUCAGGAUGAGGAUUGAGGAGGUUUAGGCACCACUUGCCUGCAAAGAGCCAACCUGCCAGGGUGUCCAAACAGUCUUUCCUAAACGGGGGUGGCGGAAGAGGGAAAGUAAUAACAAAGCCCUGGACCAUGGCCCCCUCCAAAGAAGCCUUAAGGUUGGAUUUUUAAGCUCUCCUGGCUCCUUGUAGGCACCACAUGGCUCCUGGCAUGGGAGGUUGGGUGUGGUGUGGGUUCAGGCAGCUGCCCUGGACUUGUUUUCUCCAAAAUCAGCAUCCAAAGCCUUGUGGUUAGGAUUGACGUGUAGUUGUGUAUUUGUAUAUUUGCAUGAGCAAAGGUCAGGAACUGUCAGACCCUGGUAGCUUGUUUUAUUUCUUAUAAUCAAAGAUAAGCUUAAGAAACAAAGUAUUUAGUUGAUUUGGUGACACUUGACAUUUAAGAAACCCUUGAACUUGUGCAAAAGAGGUGCCCUGAGCUUUAUAUUUUGGUCACAAAAAUUUUCUUGUGGUGUUAGCAGUCAAUUUGAGUCUAUGGGAAAGAUUGCUCAAGAGACACUUGAAUAUAACCAGCACCAGCACCCACUGGAAAACUGCCUGAAUAUAACCAGCCCCACACCCUCCACCAGAUUGUGGCUCUUUUCUGCCAGCCCAAAAGAAACGUGUACAUGGACAAUGCUUCUCCAGAAAAAAAAAUAAAAAUCUCAAUUUGUUUGUUUUUAUGAAAAAUAAACAGAAAAAGUCACAUUCUUUGUGUGGGUUUUUUUUUCCAGUUGUCAUUAGGAAUUGGUGAUUUCAAUUUACCCAUGUCCUAAAACAAGAGCAGAAAUAGCUUGAGACACCAUUUCAACAGAAAACAGGGACAAGCUCAAAAUUUUGCAGGUUGAAAACUUUAGGAAAACAAAUCACCCACCCAUCCCCAUCAAAGAUGGAAAACUUUGGUGACAGGGUUUGUGCUUGGAAAAGAGCCUGACCCUGCUCACAAUGUUGGGCAAUUGAAUGGCAGACACAGCCUUUUUGUAUUGCUGAUGUGUCCUCAUUUGAAAUAAUCAGUAGAAGUGUCAGAAUUUAAUUACCACAAGUUUAGGAGUAAAGUAAAUUGAAGAUAAUUUUAAAGAGGCAAGUCUGGGAGUCUUGUUCCCUGUGGCUCUGCAGGGCACAGUGGGAUGGUGCUGCUCACUUUCACAUUUGCAGCACAGAGAAAACGUGGCCUGACUUGAGGAAUCAGAAGAAAUAAUGGGAAAAAUAUAGCUGUUUAAAAAAAAAAUAAUAAAACUAUGAUGCUAAGGAGCUGUGCAUGUGCUGUGUGUGUGUGUGCAUUUGUGGGAGAAGGCUUCAGCCCUGUAGCACAGUGAGCACGAUACACACUGUUCCUAAAUGUACCUGCUUCUGCAGCUGAGAUGUUAGAAAGAGUUGAAUUUUUUUUCAAUAUAUAAAGGAAAAAAAAAUUAAAAAAAAAAAAAAACUAACAGUGGCAAAAUUAUGUUGAGAGGCUGAUAAAACAAACAAAACCUGAGGGGGCAAGUUGAGUUAGUUCAUGACCUGCUCCUGUCCUGGAAGCCAGCACUGGUCUCUCAGCAUCGCAGCAUCCCAGUACUGUUCUGAAGUGCUCGUUGUUCAAUAGGAUGUUAUUUUUCUCCAGUGUAAUGUUGUGAUUGUUACCUGAUAAUGUUGCCAGGGACUUCACAUAGUAAGAGGUGACCCAUCUUGUUUGAUGUGUUUGGCUAAAAAACAGUGGUGUUUUUUAAAAUUAUUUAAAUUCCUAGCAACUGUGACUACAGUAAUGUGAUAAUGAGUAGCACAUGCAGCGAGGAGGCAAGGGCGAUGAUAGCCUCCUUAAAAAUGUCAUCUGAACUUUUUUUAAAGAAAAAAAACCUUAAAAAUAUUUUUUAAACAUUUUAAAACAUUUUUUUGUGUGUUCCAAAACGGAAUAUUUGUAUUUGAAAAAGACCUUGGAGUGUAAUUUAAUCCUAAAACCCCCUAGCCUUUGUGUAUAUGGUAAAUGUUUGUAAUUUGCAGUUUCUGUUUUGCUUUUUAGAUAAAUAAAAUGUAUAUGGAUAUUUUUAAGUCAUCUUUGCUUUUUUAGAUGAGUUUGUAAUCACCUUAUAAAUGAAAAUAAAACUUUCCUUUAUAAACCA